AUGAGCGUGGAGGAAUGUUUAGGAAGCACCAUUACUUCUCUGAGUCAGAUUUCUGAAUUUUCCCUCCACUCUUCCCUUGGUGCUAACUCUCAGACGGGCAAAGAAUUGAACUUGAUGCCUAAUAAAGCCGGUGAAUUAAAAUGUCCUGAUUCGACCUACGGGACUUUGUGUGAUUUCAAAACAUUCUCCACAAGGGAUAAUAACCCACUGCACAUAUAUUCAGUGAUUAUUCUCUGGAGCGUUGACUCGAGGACGAACCUCGCAGACCUGAAGUUGGACGUCAUCGUCGGAAGGCCAGAAGAACUCUGCAAAAAGUUACUAGAAAAUGAAUGUUACAAGAGGUAUAACGUCUCAAGCGAAAUUAAUUUGGGAGGACUUUAUAGAAAAAACUCAUCAUAUUUAUUGUCGGCUAAAACGAGCGAUGUCGUCUGUUAUACCACUGAUUGCAAUAAAGUUCACCUGCAAAACACGGAGCACCCGCUAACUGUAGUGGAUGGCAAAGCAAUAGAGACAUUACACUUCCAGCUUCCAAUCAGUUUACAAGUCUUGAAUAAUACUCUGAGCCAAAUUUUAUUUUCUUGCAACAUUGAAGUAUGGCAUGACGCCUCGAGACUGCUGAAAACUCCUUUGCAAUUUUUUUUACAAGGGUCGAAUGGUAACAAUGAAAUUUUAAAGGAACUAAAUAAACUAACAUUGUUUUUAUAA